ACCAGGACAAACGAGAAGCGUAAACUGUCGCGUAAGCUGGCCUUCGAGAGCGGACCACAUUGGUAGAAGCAAGGAGUGAACGGGGAUCAGGAGUCAGAAAAUGGAAUCCCAGUCCCCCUGGGUUGUGGUGGUACUGAGCUGUCUGCUCUACAGGUCGUCGGCCCACAACGACUUCUUCACGUCCAUCGGUCAGAUGACCGAUCUGCUUUUUACCGAGAAGGACCUGGUCACCUCCCUGAAGGACUACAUCCGUGCCGAGGAGAGCAAGCUGGAACAGGUCAAGCGGUGGGCAGAGAAGCUGGACGUGCUCUCGAGCACUGCCGCACAGGAUCCUGAGGGUUUUCUGGGUCACCCGGUCAAUGCCUUCAAACUGAUGAAGAGGCUGAACACAGAGUGGGGAGAGCUGGAGAGCCUGGUGCUGAAGGACAUGUCUGACGGGUUCAUCUCCAACCUGACCAUCCAGAGGCAGUACUUCCCCAACGAUGACGACCAGAUCGGGGCAGCCAAGGCCCUCCUCAGGCUACAGGACACCUAUCAACUGGACACUGACACCAUCGCCACUGGCAACCUGCCUGGUAUGAUGCACAAGAGCUCCCUGACGUCAGAGGACUGUUUUGAGCUGGGCAAGAUCGCGUACUCGGAGGCAGACUACUACCACACGGAGCUGUGGAUGUCCCAGGCCAUGAAGCAGCUGGAGCAGGGCGAGGAGUCCUCCUUGGACAAGGUGACCCUGCUGGACUACCUCAGUUACUCCAUCUACCAGCAGGGGGUGCUGGACCGGGCCCUGGAGUUGACCAAGAAGCUGCUGAAGCUGGACCCUGAGCACCAGCGGGCCAAAGGCAACCUGAAGUACUUCCAGUACCAGCUGGCCAAGCAGAGGAAGGCCGAGGCAGAGGGGGGAGUCAAGCACAACGACAGCAAGGAGCGUGAGAAGAGAGAGGCCAGCACCAAGCUCCCUGAGAGGCAGAAGUACGAGAAGCUCUGUCGGGGAGAGGGGAACAAACUGACGCCCCGCAGACAGAGCCGCCUGUUCUGCCGCUACUACAACAACCACGGCCACCCGCGCUUCCUCCUGGGCCCCGUCAAGCAGGAGGACGAGUGGGACCGGCCGCGCAUCGUCCGCUACCACGAAAUCCUGUCCCACAGCGAGAUCGAGAAGGUGAAGGAGCUGGCCAAGCCCAGGCUACGGAGGGCCACCAUCUCCAACCCCGUCACCGGCGUUCUGGAAACCGCCCAGUACCGGAUCAGCAAGAGGCGCGCCACCGUGCAUGAUCCCCAAACUGGGAAACUCACCACCGCCCAGUACAGAGUCUCCAAGAGCGCCUGGCUGGCAGCCUAUGAGCACCCGGUGGUGGACAGGAUAAACCAGCGCAUCGAGGACAUCACAGGUCUGGAUGUCAAAACGGCAGAGGAACUGCAGGUGGCCAACUACGGUGUUGGUGGCCAGUAUGAGCCACACUUUGACUUUGGACGGAAAGACGAGCCGGAUGCCUUUAAAGACCUGGGUACUGGGAACCGCAUCGCCACCUGGCUCUUCUACAUGAGCGAUGUGACAGCAGGGGGCGCCACAGUGUUUCCAGAAGUUGGUGCUGCCGUUUGGCCUAAAAAGGGCACGGCAGUGUUCUGGUAUAACCUCUUUCCGAGCGGAGAGGGAGAUUACAGCACACGGCACGCCGCCUGUCCGGUGCUCGUGGGUAACAAGUGGGUGUCGAAUAAAUGGAUCCAUGAGAGGGGUCAGGAAUUUAGACGACCGUGUAGCCUCGAUGAGUCGGACUGAUAAUGAGUGUCGCCCUUCCUCAUCGUCUUCCUCCUCAUCCUCUUCCACUUGGCAGAUAUUGGGCUGUGAACCGCCGUCAGCCACUAAUGCCAGUCGUCUCCGCCCCUUCCUGCACCGUCUUGCCCCACCCAAUCACGUUCAACCUUGAGAUCCAAGCUCAUGAGCCGUUGGGUUUGUUUUACCAAAGAGCUCUAGAGCCGGGAUGUCCAAUCUUAUCUGCAAAGGGCCGGUUUGGGUGCAGGUUGUUGUUUUAGCCCAGUACUAUGACACCCUUUUCAACUAAUUAACUAAUCACGGUCUUCAGUCAAGAUGUUUAUGACUACAAUAAGGUGUCUGGGUGAGAAUGAAGACCUGCACCCACACCGGCCCUAUCCAGAUGAGAUUGAACGCCACUGCUCUAGAGUUAGAUUAGUGGGUUUGAAGAAGCGUGCGUGUGACUGUCUUUGUCGCGUUCUUGCACAUGGUGCUCUUCGCCGUCACUGAGCAAGCAGAGGCGGCUUCAUGUUUGCUCCUUAACCGUGCCCCCACUACGACACGCUACAUUUCACUCCAUCUCCUGUCCAAUGACACCUCCUCCUUUCUGUUUAAUAUAGCUGGUGUUCAGAGAACAGGACUGUUCACUCCACAAACCUUUCUCCUGCCUGUUACCCCUUCCUGUCCCCCUUGCACCCCACACUCAGAGUCAUUCGGUAUAGGUUUCUGGAACUAGCCCCUUUCACACAUGGAACCCUCAACAUAUCCAGAUUAGGUAGUGGUUUUGCUUCUCCAAUAGGAAAAAAUCCAUCAUUUUUAUAACUUAGUUACAUCUUUCACCAGUAUUUUCUGUUAAAAAAAAAAGCCUAGUCAAAUAGCUAGCCAUUUCUGCCAUUGAUAUGUGGCACUAGCCAGUUUGCUACAUUGGGUAAUGGGCCCGACACACGUUUACCAGGGAGUAGACUAUUACAUACCAAUGAUGACGAUUCUGUAAUGCUGUUAACAAAGUCUUGUUAAGCAACCAUAGCUAGCUGUUUGUUUCCAAACUAAAUGCUCACAUAACUAAAUGCUCAAAUCAUACAAUGCAGCUCCAGUGUCUUCUAUGUGUGAUGUCUCAUAGUUUUGCACAAAUUGUGGAGAGGACAGAUUGAGUAAAGAAUUUAUUAAAGUAGUUGUGCCAGAAAUAAAAGGACUUGCAUAAGAAUGUGAUAGCCUUUUGGGUGCCUUAUCCGGAAAUGUUACUGCUUAUGCUCACACUAGAGCCAUGGUGGAAUAUUUUCAUAAAUCUUACUACUAGCCCUACCCGGCUAAUUGGAGGAUUGUGUUGCUGUUAUUCAGUAUAAUGCUCUGUCCCUGUUUAUCCAGUAUUGAGUUCUGUCCCUGUUAUCCAGUAUAUAGUUCUGUCCCUGUUAUCCAGUAUAUAGUUCUGUCCCUGUUAUCCAGUAUAGAGCUCUGUCCCUAUUAUCCAGUUUAGAGCUAACAGGGCAGUACUGGACCGGAGGAGGUUAUUAUGCUAGUUAGCGUUAGCCCUAGUAGCUCCAAUGUUGUCAUGCUAGCGUCAUGAAGCCUCCAUGGAUGUGAAAAGGGACACCUGUUUGAUUGGAGCGAUUGAACCAGGCAGUGCAGCGGUGCCCAUGGACUACCACACUACCACAAAGACAACAGAGGAUUGCCUAGCAGAGACGACUCUUUUACUAUGCCUCGCUGAAGCGUCAGAUUUUCCACUGUCAUGUCUGGCUGGAUAGCAUUUCACCUCUGAGGUCAGCGUCUCUGGGACUCUGCUGGGAGACAAACACUAUGUCUGCUGCUCAGAUAAAAGGCGAUAUUUAAUACUGAAGCUAUGCCCCGUAGCCUUUAUAGCUGAGGCUAGCUCUGUGUGUGGGCUGCUGAAAACCACAGAGCAGGAUUUGGUUAUUAUGAGUCAGCAUUCAAAGCACCAUCUCCACCCUGGAAGAGCAGCCACUAUGGGUUGAAACAUUAAAGAUGGUGUUCAGUGGUCUAUGCUGGUGGUGUCAAUGCUGCAGUGGGACAGUAUAUUUGUUUAAAGGGUGGCCUGACCCAGGUCUAUUUUCAGGCUCUGAAUAGUGUGGAUUUAUACAGGGCUGCUGUAACUGACGAAUACAGAAUUACAACAUUACCUUUGAUUGGUUUUCAUGUGAAAGGGUCCCCAGAACUUACGAAGGGUAGACUUGGAUUUGGAAAUAAUGGUUAUAUCUUGUCUACCCCCCUUAACUUCCCUGCCCUGCCCUGUCUCAUUUAUCCUCCAGUUUCCAGGAUCCUCUGCCGGAGAAAGACAUUAUUUAUGUCUUUGGUCAUGCAGUUAUUUUGAUUUGUACGUUCUGUGAAAUGAGUUGGGGAAUUGUUUUAUUUUUUUCCUUGAAGCGUUACAUUGUUUUCUACUAAAAUAAAGUUUAUGUUGUU